CUCACGGGGCCGCCCCGGCGGGCGGGAAGAGCCGGGGCGGGCGGCGGCGGCGCCAUGGAGGAUGAAAUGCCCAAGACCCUCUACGUGGGGAACCUCUCCAGGGACGUGACCGAGGCUCUGAUCCUGCAGCUCUUCAGCCAGAUCGGGCCCUGCAAGAACUGCAAGAUGAUCAUGGAUACAGCUGGCAAUGAUCCCUACUGCUUCGUGGAGUUCUACGAGCACCGGCACGCGGCCGCAGCGCUGGCUGCCAUGAACGGCAGGAAGAUAAUGGGUAAGGAGGUCAAAGUGAACUGGGCCACCACCCCCAGCAGCCAGAAGAAAGACACCAGCAACCAUUUCCACGUCUUUGUGGGGGACCUGAGCCCUGAGAUCACCACUGAGGACAUCAAAGCAGCCUUUGCUCCCUUCGGAAGAAUCUCGGAUGCACGGGUGGUCAAGGACAUGGCCACGGGCAAGUCCAAGGGCUACGGCUUCGUCUCCUUCUUCAACAAAUGGGACGCCGAGAACGCCAUCCAGCAGAUGGGGGGGAGUGGCUCGGGGGGCCGGCAGAUCAGGACCAACUGGGCCACCAGGAAACCUCCAGCUCCCAAGAGCACCUAUGAGGCCAGCACCAAGCAGUUGUCCUAUGACGAGGUGGUCACUCAGUCCAGCCCCAGCAACUGCACCGUGUACUGCGGGGGCGUCACCUCGGGCCUCUCAGAGCAGCUGAUGCGCCAGACCUUCUCCCCCUUCGGGCAGAUCAUGGAGAUCCGCGUGUUCCCCGACAAAGGCUACUCCUUCGUCAGGUUCAGUUCCCAUGAGAGCGCCGCCCACGCCAUCGUCUCCGUCAACGGCACCACCAUCGAGGGCCACGUGGUCAAAUGUUACUGGGGCAAGGAGAGCCCUGACAUGGCCAGCCCUGUGCAGCAGGUGGGCCAGCUGAGCUACCCGCCGGCCUACGGGCAGUGGGGGCAGUGGUACGGCGGUGCCCAGCUGGGCCAGUACGUGCCCAACGGAUGGCAGGUGCCCACCUACGGCGUGUACGGCCAGGCCUGGAGCCAGCAGGGCUUCGGGCAGAGCCAGUCGUCGCCCCCCUGGCUGCCCCCCGGGUUCAGCGUGCAGGGCCAGAACGGCGCCGUGGUGCCCCCCAGCCCGGGUUCCGCGGUGGGCUUCGAGACCCCCUGA